AUGAUAUCAAGUGGGAAAUGGGUUGGAAAUCAAGGUGUUUGGAAUCCCAAGAAAGAUAACAGGGUGGAUCUUACUAGGCAAACCAGUGAUACAUUGAAGGGACAAGGCAAGAAUCAGAAGAUUGGCGAGGGUAACAAAACAGAGGUCACUGAUAGCAAUUUAGUACAGACUAAAAAUCAAUUUGAGGCCCUUACCGAGGAUGCAGAUCCUGAGGAUAUCAAUAUGAUCUCUGAAGGUCAUUCUGAGACACUUCAAGGAGAGGAAAACAUGAAGGGUAGCAAGAUUAAUCAACCUGGUAAGUAUGGUAAGGAACAACUGCAAGGUAAUUCUAAUAAAGAAGAAGAUAUUGGUACCACAAAUGUCAUCCCAACAAUGGUGGACACUGCUUUAGAUGAUAAGGCACAGCAGAAUAGUAGUCAUAACAAAGAAGAAGCGAUCAUUAACACUAAUGUUCAUUCCAAGAAGCAAGUGGAUGGCAGCACAAAAAUAGAGGAAACUGGUGACAAUUCUGAUAAUAUGCAUGGGGUACAAUGUUCAACCAUUCCAUCUAAAAGUGACAAGGGGGAGGAUAAUAAUAACAACAGGACAAUUUUCAAUAUAAGUGACCAACAAAGUUCUAAAGAAUGGGGGGAAGAUCCUAAGGAAAUGACUAAAGAUGCACAAGGGAAAUGGGAAGACAGAAUUGUGGAAGUUGAGGAAACUGAUGAAGGUGAGACUCAAGAUUCUCUGCCCGUAAAUUCAUUUGAUACUACUAGAACUCACAAUGGGGGAAAUGAGAGGGAAUCUUUGUUAUCUGAUGGUAACAAAACUCAAGAAACAACAGACAUACAAGAAAAGAAAAUUGAUGAUGAGAAAGGAGAGCCACCUGAUAAGUCUUCUAAUGAUCUGGGUGGUGGAAUGAUGAAACUUACUGAGAAUAACCUGGUAGUAAAUUGUAGUAAUACUUUAAAGGUUUGUCCACAGAUUGAGCACUCCAACACAAAGGAAGACCCAAGGGACAAAUUAUCUGCAGAGAAAAGUAAUGGGAAGUCAGCAGUCAAAGAGAAAACAUCUCCAAUUACCAAGUUGCGUGAGAUAGUAUCACAUAAAAUGACAAAUAAAGAGAUAGAGAAGGCAGAAGAUAAUAGCUCAAAGACAAUUGGAUAA